GUUGGCUCCCUGCUCUGUAGUUCCUUGGGAGUCCUCCCCAGCAGCUUGAAAUGUUGUGCUUCUCAUGGAGAUGGUGGAAUGUUGACGGUAGGAGCCUCCCAUGCAGUAGCAAAGCCCCACCAUGAGAUGACAAAGCCAGGCCAUGAAGUCACAAGGCCAGGCAUUCGUGUGCAGUGUGGGGCAGGUGCCACAGGCAUCACUCCAGUAGCUGCAGGAGCAGCAGCAGUGUCAGCAGAGCCUGCACUGACAGUGCCAGCAGUGCCAGUGCCUGCAGUACCUGUAGUGCCUGCAGUGACAGUGACGGUGAUAGCAGUGAGCAGUGACAGUGCCAGCAGCGGCAGUUCCAGCAGUACCAGCUGUGUCAGCAGCAACAGUGACAGCAGUGACAGCAUGUUGCAGGCGCGGUGGGCCCUGGCCCUCAUCCUCCUCCUGGUGGCCCUGCCAGCCGGGGGUGUCAGGGCUGCUCCGUGGCGACCGUGGGCAGUGGCUCUGGAGCGUGAGCCUGUGGAUAAGGAGGCACCUCAGGAAGACCAUCAGGCAGUGCCAGUCCCUGGGGAAAACACCGGGGCCGUUCAGCCAACAGGAGUGCCAGGUCCAGAGUAUCGAGAUGGAAGGGGACAAUCUUCCCAGGACACAUCCAAAGUGCUACAUGAAAUCCUUGGACAGCUGAAGACGAUAGCACGAGGCGCCUCGCAGCUUCGAGAGCCGGCUCUGAGCGCCCCAACAGCCGGGCAGAAGCCAGCAGAAUAUUUGCAGGAGCGUUUAAAUAAAGAUCAGCAGCACAAUCGACUGCGUUGUACCGGCAGCAAACCCAGGAUGGGGCCCACCCCCAGCACCCCUCAGUCCCCACCCUUGGCCCCCCCAGGGACACAAACCCAGGCCCACUGUGGAGUCAUAAAGCCAUCCCCAAACCUGGCAUCCCCAGGGACAUCCCCUCCAGACCCAGCAUGGUCUGAGAACAUGAGUUCCACCCCCAGUCCCACCAUGGGAUCCCAUCCCAGGUACCAUGGGGGUCCCCAUAGCCUCCAGGGCCAUCAGCCUCAUCCCUGUCCCAAACACCUCUGAGGACAUCAAUCCCAGCCCCAUCCCAGGUCCCAAACACCCCCAGGGCUGUCAGCCCCCCCUCAGCUCCCCAUUCCGAGUUCCUGAUUCCC